AGCAUAUAGCGUUUGACAAAUUUUUAUUACUUUUUACACAAUAUUUACAUGAAUUUUGAUAUAGUUUAGUAUUGCAACUGGUAUUUUUUUCAAUCACUCAUAUUAUCAACCGUUACUUUGACACUUAACCUCUAUCCACUACUAAUAGUCAGUUACUCGCUACUUUAACAACUACUCAUUACUCGACCGCUACUUUUAUUAAACAGGACCUUAAAAAAAAUAGAAACUGAAAAAAAAAAAAAAAAACGAUGUCAAACAAGUUCACAAAAACUUUGAUCCCCGUUUUUUGAAUCUGGAGCCUGUUAUAUCUCUCUCAUCCUUUAAUAUCUUCUUAAUUACACACUACACCACUGCUCUCCACGCACUCCGCAACGGACGCCACCAAUUUUAGAGUAUCACAACGGAGGUUGGGGUGGCUGCAACACGGCGGCAAAAGCAGUAGCACAACGACGGAGUUGAUUUGAUGAUAUUCUACUUGAUUUAGUUUUGUUGCUCCAUGGCUGUCACAAUAUCAAACGACACCAUUCUUGAGAAACUCAGAAAUGGUAGUGCUAAAUUUGAGCUUGUAUCAUCUGCUGUUGAUUCAAUUUCAACUCCCAACCCAAAUUCCAACCGUAUUCAAUUCUUCAACAACACCAGUUUCCGAUUUUUCGCCCGAGUUGGACCUCCACAAAGUGGAGUUUCUUCCUCAAACAUAAAGGUGGAGCGUUAUGCAAUUCAGAAGGUCACUGGGGAUGGCCGUUGCUUGUUUCGAGCACUCGUUAAAGGCAUGGCUAGGAACAAGGGAAUAACUCUUACACCACAAAAAGAAAGAGAUAAUGCUGAUGAGUUAAGAGCUGCAGUGAAAGAAGUUAUUUGUGAAAAUGAAAAUGAACGGCGUCAAUAUCAGGACGCAGUCACUGCAAUUACUGUUGAUGAGCCUUUGCACCGAUACUGCCAGCGCAUUGGACGACAUGACUUUUGGGGUGGAGAGUCCGAGCUACUGGUAUUGUCAAAGUUGUGUAAUCAGCAGAUCAUUGUGUAUAUACCAGAAACAGAGCAUAAAAGUGGCAAGUGGGGGUCCGGAUUCAUUCCAAUUGCAGAAUAUGGAGCAGUAAAGAAAAAGAAACUUCAUGUUGUGAGAUUACUUUACAGCGGAAGGAACCAUUAUGAUCUCCUUGUUUGAUUAUCAUCCUUCUAUUUUGUCGAAUGUUUAACAACAGAGAAAAGGAAAUGGAAAAUAAUGUGUUCCUAAUGUAACUCCAACAUCUUUGUAUUACCCACUUUAAAUUUUAAUUUUUUUCCAUUUUUUUUUCUUUUUUUUUUAA